AUGAUUAAAUUUAGCGAUCCAACCAAUAUAAGAUAAAUUAUAGUGUGCUCAACAAUUUCAGAGCGUCCUGUCUUAAUAGAAAACUAUCGUGCUUUUGAAAAAACUGGCAUUUAAGGAAUUUAAUAAUAUGAAGUUAAAUUCCUUCGUUUAGUCGAAAGAAUAUCAUCUGGUGCUAAAUUUUAGAUUAGCAAGAAUGGAACUGCAAUCAAGUAUUAUCCUGGUAUUAUUACUAAUAAUGAAGGAGUCGAUUUUGAAUUUGAUUGCGGUGAGGAACGUUGUAUUACUUAUUUCUUAGAGCCUUUGACUAUUCUUGCUUUGUUUGGUAAGAGCAAGCUUAGCAUUAAAUUAAAAGGUGUAACUAAUGAUGAAAUAGAUAUGUCUGUGGACACUUUUUCAAAUUGCACUUUACAUUUAAUUCGUAAAUUUUAAAUUGAAGGCGAACUCUUUUUAAAAGUUAAUAAGCGUGGCUUUAAGCCAAACGGAUAAGGAGAAGUUAUCUUCAAAGUUCCAUUUGUUAAAUUUUUGCGUUCAAUUAAGCUCAAAUAAUAAGGCAAAAUAAAAAGAAUUAGAGGUGUUUGCUCUGGUGCAAGAGUUAACCCUUCAAUUUUGAAUCGUAUAAUUACAUCUGCUAGAGGAAUAUUUAAUGAUUACUUGCCUGAUGUAUACAUUUACUCAGAUUUUUAUAAGGGAGGAAACAAAGAAAAUUCUAGUGCUGGUUAUUCUAUUUCCCUUAUAGCUGAAUACAAUAAUGGAUAGCUUGUAUCUAUUGAUGAAUGUCUUGAUGAAUCUCAUCCUCCUGCCUACAAUUUACCUGAAGCAUUAGGUGAAAGAGCUGCCCUUGCUCUUCUUGAUGAAAUUUUAUACACAGGCUUUGUAGAUUCAAGCAACUAGUCAAUUGUUUUAACUUUGAUGGCUUUAUCAGAAAGAAAAAUUAGCUCUGUACGUCUUGGUAGAAUCACACCCUACACAGUAGAAAACCUUAAAAUAAUCCAAUAAUUCCUCGGUAUUACCUUCAAGAUUGAAGCAGAUGAAGAAGCUGAAGAUGAUGAAGAACAAGAAUAGAAUUAACAAAAAAUGUAAGAAGAAGAUGAUGAUGAGUCUGAAAAUAUUGGAAAAAGAAAACAAAGUGGAGCUGAAGAUGAUUCUUUAGAGCCUGAAAUUGAUUUAGAUGAAUAAUUAGAUGGUAUCACUAAACCUACAACAGUGAUCUUCUCAUGUCUAGGAUCUGGAUUACAAAAUAUCUCUCGUAUCGUUAAAUGA